UGGUUCUCUUAUCACGAAAGUAUCCAGCAAUAAAAAUGAGGAUGGACAUUCACCCCUUGUUCAUAAAAGACGACGGUCUGCGGCGCGAUUGGAAUCUAAACGCGUCGGAAUAGUUGUGUCAGGAGAGAUAUCUGAGGACACUUCUGAGUUUGGCUUUGUUUUUGGUAAGGUAGAGAGUAAUAUGAAAGUUGCAUUGUGUAACGUUGGCCUGUAUCGAAAGGAUAAAAUAUAG